CCAUAUUUCAUUUGCUGCAAUAAACAAUAUACUUCUUAAAUAGAACGGUCCUAACCAUCAUAACAACAGACCGAUGUACUUGUGAAAUGACUUGCAAUGUAUGCAACCAAGAGAAACUCUCUAAAGAAUUUGCACCAUUCAAUGCCGCUGAUGAAUGUGAUCACGCUUCUCUGUCAUGUUUGCGGUGUAUGGUUGAUACUGUAGCGAAUUAUGGAAAGUGCCCGUACCCAGGAUGCUCACAACAAAUUGAUAAACGCAGCAAUAAAAUAAAGAUAUUUGAAAAAAUGCUUGCAAAAAUGUUUAAGGAAUACGAGACAAGCUACAGUCCCGUUGUUGAUGGCAAGGAUUUGGAUAUUGAUGGUUCCACAACAUAUAUUAAUAUAACAGGUUUAACUGGAGAAUCCUUGCAAAUCCCAUAUACCCUAAAACUGACUGUAAUGGAGUUAAAGAAUCGCAUUCAACGCGAACUUCGAAUUGAAACCAGUAAGCAAAAACUUUUAUACGAGGACAAAGAAAUUGAAAACAAUAGUACAACUGGAAGAUUGGCAACUCUAGGUGACUACACCGUAAAGCCAAACACUACAAUUUGUUUGGUUGUAUGCCUCUACAGCAUUCCUGAAGAUUUCAACCAUGUCGUAUUUGAUUUAUAUUGGGGUUAUCCUCGGAGUGGAAAAGACUACCUUGACGCUUCAUGCUUAAUGUUUUCAGGGACAACUUUUUACCGAGCAUGCGAUUAUUAUUACGUAAAACCACACUCAUCUGUAAGACACUCUGGGGACAGGAUGGAUGACUCAAGAAAACAAGGGCAUCAUACUAUUGACGUAUUCUUGCAGAAUAUACCAGCGGGUAUUACGCAUCUCUUCUUUACUCUGAGCGCUUGGAAAUGCCCGAAUAUAUCAAAAUAUAGGACACCUAGUUUAAAUUUUUUCGAGGCUUCAAAGCCCAAUAAAAGCUUGUGUGAAACUUCUUUUAGGCAUGCAAAUAAUUCGCAGGCUGUAGUCAUGUGUUCUUUGUCUAGAAAAGAUGGUAUCUGGAAAAUAUUUCAAUCUGGAAAACUUUCAUCCGGAAACGCCCAUAAAUACGGGCCACUAAAGGAAACAAUCCGACGUCUGAUUUUAUCUGGAUUUUAAUUCCUACUGACGAUAGAAUUUAAUGAAUUUAAUGAAAUAAACUUUAAAAUUAUUCAUGGCAUAAGACAUAUAUUUACAUCAAAGA